AUGGGUGCAUUUGUGGUUGUUGCUCUGGGACUUUGGUGCUUCACAGGUGAGUCACGCAGAAAGAGUGAGAGAGAGACAGAGAGAGACAGAGAGAGAGUAUUACUGCUGACAUUCUGAAAAAGUCUUCUAUAUUGCUCAGAUGACUGGCCUGAUAUGGAAGAAAAUAUUUAGUUUAAGAGGGAAUUUUGGCAGGUGCAGCCUGCCAUGAAAGGGUAGAAGAAAGCUAAGCUGUCCCACUGAAAUUCCCUUACUUACAAAUCCAUAAAAAGUACUGGGACCCAGUCCUGUGAUCCCCUAGGUAUGGCCAUAAGUAAGGAUGGAAGAGAGGUUUGGUUUGGUUUGCAUUUUGAUGUGCGCCUACUUAAUUCACACUUCUUAAUAGAAGCAACAUGGACAAAUCUACCCAUCCCCAGAACAGGAAAAAUAUUAUAGACCUGAUUAGAGGCACACAUUUAUAAUCAUAUGAAAUGGCUGGCGCUCAGUAUACCAACUGCUGAUCAUUCUCCCAUCUGUUUAUGACCUUUUGAAGCCAUUGUGCAGCUCUUAAUCUCUUUAGAGAUUUCCUUCUGAAUUUUUGAGAGCUCAGAUAUGGCAUCCAUGUGUUUUUGGUCUCCUUUCAGGAGUCUUCGGGGACGAAGACAUUCAGGCAAACACGGUGAGUAAUGCCGUAUUAUCCUUACAGCUUCUGCAGUUGGUUGUGUAAUACAGAUAAAACUGUAAUUGCAAGUUGGCAGAUGGAGAAGAAUUUGAAUUGUGUUCCUCAAGUGUAAGUGGGAAAUGAUGGUGUUCUCACUGCUCCUUGUCAACAACAAAGCAGACACAUAAACACACACACAGCAGUUCUCCAGUGCAAUUAUAGUGAAGGAGAGCUGUGGAAGAGCACAGUUAUUAGCAGCGAUAUGACCACUCAUUUCAGUGGGAUGUGAGACCUUCUCUUUGAAUAAUGCUUCAUUUUUGUGAUUGCUGGGGUUGGGGAAGGGCAGGAGGAAGCCAGUGUGGUGUAGUGGUUAAGAGCGGUUGUCUCGUAAUCUGGGGAACAGGGUUCGCGUCUCAGCUCCUCCACAUGUAGCUGCUGGGUGACCUUGGGCCAGUCACACUUCUUUGAAGUCUCUCAGCCCCACUCACCUCACAGAGUGUUUGUUGUGGGGGAGGAAGGGAAAGGAGAAUGUUAGCCGCUUUGAGACUCCUGAAGGGGAGUGAAAGGCGGGAUAUCAAAUCCAAACUACUCUUCUUCUUCUUCUUCUCCUUCUCCUUCUUCUUCUUCUUCUUCUUCUUCUUCAAAUGCACUAGCAAGACCAAUCCAUUGCUUUCCCCCAUUCACACUGCUUUUGGAACAGGGAAGACAUUUUAUUUACACACAGGACUCGGCUAUACAGCUGCCAACAAAACGUUUUAAGUGUGUUGUAAAGUGCAUUAUGCAAAUGUGAUACUAGAUGGUGAUGGUGAGUUAUGGCAAAUUCAAUAUAUUUUUCAAAACAUUUUUUUUAAAAAGCAUUUUCACUGCGUUUUUUUAAACAUGUGUCUAGAUUCCACCACAGAAUUGUCUGGCUAUUCUAUAUAUUCCAAGUUUCAGUUUUUAUAUUGUGCCUUUUGUCCAAUGAUGCCCUAGGCAAGUCCACACUUGAGAAAUUUAUUCAACAAUUUUUCCUUGGUUCAGUCUUCUGCAUGCUUCUUCCUUGUGAAUAAUGGGGAAUGUAAAAAGGAAAGGUAGAUUCAUAAGGUACCCUCUUUUCUCCUGUGUAUUGGUUAUAAACUUUAAAGGAUGAAAGCAUUGAAAAGUUAUAUAAAGGAAAACCGUUGUGUAGACAUAUAAUGUUUGUUGUUGUUUUCUUUUUAUAGUUGGAUUGCAGCCAACACCUCCAGGCAACUGGUAACGGACCAAUAAGCUGCACAAGGAUUUAUUUUCCAGUCUGUGGUACAGAUGGCAACACUUAUGCCAAUGAAUGUGAACUGUGUCGCCAUAACCAGUAAGAAGCGCAGAUGCAGAAGAUUCUUUGCUGGGCAACAGACCGUGGCUACAAUUAGUUAUAAUGAUGUCUCAUCCAAUUUGUUUUAUCUGUCCCUUUCCCAUCCCACCCCACUUCCAAGAUGGGGACAUGUCUUACAUGGGACCAUUCCCAUUUUACCACUAUUCCCCUGUGGUUAGCCAGAGACUGAGAGAUUAUUUCUGGGCCAAGGUAACCAGCUAGGCUUCAGUCCUCAGUGAUCUCUGUGUAAAUCCAGGGUGCUUACAACAUGACAUUAAACUUACUCUCUACUCUCUGCAAUUCAGUUCAUAUUUUAAUGUACUUCCAGCUAAUUUGUACAUCCCCCCAAAAUAUGUGAUCCAAAACACAGAUAUUGUUCAAAACUGUAUAUUGAAAAUAAUUAUUCAAAAAUCUGUAUAUUGAAAAUAAUGUACAUAAAAUAUGAAUAUUGCUAAAAAUAACAUAUACAAAUGCACAUUGGGCAACAUGGCAUACAAAAAUGUAUUAGGAUAAAAUGCAUGCAAAAAGGAAUUCCAUAAGAUUUUUUAUUUAGUUAGUUUUUUAAAAACUCAAACAGAUGUGGAAAUGGGGUGAAUUAAGCAUAAGACUGGAAAGAUGAAGAACUGAAGAAGAAAGCACUGGAUUCAUCCAUCCAUAUGCCACAUAUAUUUUACUUCAUCGCUUUGACUGUCAGCAGGGUACAUAGCAGAACUAGCUCAAUGGGGCAUUUGCCUGUGACUUGCAAGGUCUAUUAGUGCCAACCAAUGUUUAUUAUUAGUAUUAUUAGCCCAGAAUACAGGAAAUUGAUUGCUAACGUUCCCUAAAUUCUUCUCUUAUUCAGGGAAAAAAACAAACUUGUUGGUAAGAAGCAUGUUGGAGAAUGUCCAAAGGUAGGUAUAAAGAGUUUUGUGGUGAGAAAUUGAACCUGCAGAACCAAACGGGCUAAAUUGUCGUGUGAUUUGGAGGGAAUUGAAAUGUCUUAAGCUUAUGAAUCACUUUUCAUCUCAAAAUAAUCUAUAGAUAACUGCAAAAUAUAAUACAUAUCAAAACGAAAUAAUUAAAAGCAACUCCUGGUACAGUGGUACCUCUUUUUCGAAUGUUAUCCAUUCCUGAAGACAGUUCGAGUUUCGAAAUGUUCAAAAACCGAGGCGGUCUCCAAAUUUAAUAGAGAAAAUUGAGAAAAAUACAUGGUACCUCAGUGCAAGCUGUUCGACUUCUGAGGCACGUUCAGAAACGGAAGCAUUUACUUCCAGGUUUUCAGCAUUCGAAAACCAAAACGUUCGUCACUGGAGACAUUCAAAAACUGAGGUGCCACUGUACAAGGUAAUCAGACUAUAAAGACAACCCCUCCAGUCCUUAACCACCAAAGACAGAAACAGACACACACACACACACCCGUCUGCAAAGAAAAACAACACUCCAAACACGUUGAGGAAAGGAAAUGUACUUGUGCAACAUGAGCCUCCCUUGUUGCCACCCAGAGCCAUAGCUACGGUGUUUGUGUGGGGAGCUGUGAUGGGAAGAUGAGCUGCUUGUGCGUAAAAUCGUAUUCCCUCAGUGUUUGUUCAAGUCCACAAACCUCUGUCUGUGACGGAGCCCCUCUGACAUGGCUCCUCUAGUCACUAGAAGAUUCCGACAGUGGUUGCUUUCGUAAUCGCUUCCAACAUAAAAGCUCCUUAACGGAAACACGUCUUCUGGACUCUCUGCGUGACAGUUUCCGGCGAGGAGUGGGUGUCCCUACAGGAGGUCCGGAAACCUCACCACUGUUUUCGCUGGAAGUAUCUCUGAGCCAUCCCCCAGCUCCCUUUCCCUCAGUUCAGCUUCUCUCCCCUGCUGGUUUCCUCUUCAGCUGCUGAGUCUCUUCCAACCUGUCUGAGCCCUUUCACCUCCCUCAGUUCAGCUUCUCUCCCUUGCUGGUUCCCUCUUCAGCUGCUGAGUCUCUUCCAACCUGUCUGAGUCCUUUCACCUCCCUUCCUUCCGAUGGCAGUUCCCUGACAUCCACCUCCCCUCCAGGGCCCCCUUCACCCCCUCUCGCCCCUCCUCUACGGGCGGUGAGGAGGCAAAACCCCGGAAUGAACUUCCUUCAUCUUCCGAUGUCUCGAACACUUCUCUCCACCUGUUGCGGUUCCUGGUCUCGAAGCACUCCUCCUCCUCCGAGUCCAUCUCCCUUCCCCUUCCGAUUCUGGGAAUCCUUCCAACUCCUCCUCCUCCUCAGUGGUCCCAAAGUAUUCCCUCCGGAACCUCUCCACAGGCUGAGGUUUCCUCGGGACCUUUGAUGGAACGUUUCUAUCAAUACCUCGUCAUUGAUAUCUUCGGCCAUUACCCACGUGUUUUCUGACUCCGGUUCUCCUUCCCACGCUACCAAAUACUCCACCUGAUUCCCCUUCCACCUGGCAUCAAGGAUUUCUGCCACAUGACUGCUGCAUUCUCUUUCUUCUAUGACCGGUCCCCGAGUGGCCAUCCCUCUCGUCCCCUCGUACGGUGACAGUAACGACCUGUGAAAUACUGGGUGCAGUUUCAUGUGGUUGGGUAACCGGAGCCUGAAAGCCACUGGGUUGACCUGUUGAAUGACCUCAAAGGGACCCAACCUCCUGGGUCUUAAUUUCUUACAACCUCCUUUGAACGGCAACCCUCGGGUUGACAGCCACACCCUAUCUCCAACCCUUAUGGUUUCACCUUCCCUUCGGUUCUUGUCUGCCUGCCUCUUGUAUUCUUCCUUCGCCCUUUCUAAGUUGAGUUGGAGCUGACGGUGGAUUGCUUCCAUUUCUUCUACAAAAUGCUCGGCUGCCGGUACGCUCCAUCUCUCCCCUUCUACCACUGGGAAAGCCCUGGGAUGACACCCAUAAUUAGCCAAGAAGGGGCUCAUCCCUGUGGACACAUUCUCGGCAUUGUUGUAGGCAAAUUCCGCCAGCGCCAACUUUUCUACCCAGUCAUUCUCUCUGUCAUUGACAUAACACCUCAGGUAUUGCUGGAGGACACCGUUUGCUCUUUCCGCCUGCCCGUUGGUUUCAGGGUGCCGGGCAGUCGAAAAGUUGACCUCCACCUGCAGUAAGCUCAUGAGCUUCCUCCAGAACCUGGAAGUAAAUUGUUUUCCUCGGUCUGAGACCACCCUCAAUGGCACCCCGUGCAACCUAAAAAUGUGUUCUACAAAUAACUUCGCUGUCUCUUCCGCCGUGACUGCAUGCGAGCAAGCUACAAAGUGGCACAUCUUUGUUAGUAGGUCUACCACCACCAUGAUGGCUGUUUUCCCUUUGGACUUCGGCAGAUCAGUCAUAAAAUCUAUCGACACUGCCUCCCAAGGUCGUUCUGGUGUUGGUAAGGGUUCUAAUAGCCCCGCCGGCGCCCGCCUUUCCCCUUUGGCUCGCUGGCACUGCUCGCACCCUCUUACAUACUCACGUACAUCCCCCUCACCUUAGGCCACCAAAAUUCCCUGGUGACCAACCACAUGGUUUUGUGUUGCCCAAAAUGCCCCGCCGUGGGCUGUCAUGCAACUGCUUGAGUACCCUCCCCUUAAGUCUCCUUCAGGGAUAUACAGUGCCCCUUUGUAAUACAAAGCUCCAUUUCUUUCCUCGAAACCCCUUGAUUCCUCUCCCUCAUCCCUAAGACCUCUGAGCUUAUUCUGGGCGUAUUCAUCAUUCUCUGUUUCUUCUACCAGUUCUCUUUGUCCCACCAAUGCCGCCCCACACACCCAGCGGUCCUCUGGAAUGACAUGUCUCUCUUCGGGUGCUCCCUCCCUCCAAAUAUUCAGGUUUGCGUGAGAGAGCGUCCGCCCUAAUGUUCUCUGGGCCUGGCACGUAACAAAUCUCAAAGUUAAAUUUGGAGAAUUCCUGGGCCCACCUCACUUGCCGUUGGUUGAGCACUCGUGCCGUCCUCCAAUACUCUAGGUUCUUGUGGUCAGUGCACACUUGCACCUUAUGUUGUGCGCCAAUUAGCAGGUGCCUCCAUCUCCGGAACGCCUCAUGAAUGGCUAGUAGUUCUCGGUCAUACACCGUGUAGUUCCUCUCGGAUUUGUUCAGCUUUCGCGAAAAAAAGCACACGGUCUCCACUCUGACUCCUCCUUCCCUGGCUGGAGAAGCACCGCCCCAACCGCUCUGUCUGAUGCGUCAGUUUCCACUCUCAUCGGUUUUUGUAAAUCCACAUGCAGGAGCUGUUGUUCCGAGGCGAAGGCCCUUUUAGUUCCUCAAAUGCUUGCUCCGCCUCCUCCGUCCAAACGAACUUCUUCUUACUGCUGAGACAGUCCGUAAUGGGCGCCGUCAGGUGGGCAAAGUUUGGGAUGAACUUACGAUAGAAGUUCCCAAAUCCUAAAACCUCUGCACAUCCUUCCUUGUUUUGGGUGUUUUCCAUUCCAGUACCGCCUGGACCUUGCCGGGAUCCAUGGCCAACCCCUUGUCAGACAGGCGAUACCCCAGGAAUUCCACCUCCUUGGUAUGAAACUGACACUUCUCCAGUUUCACCCACAGCUGGUUGGCUUGCAGCCUGCUCAACACUUCUCUGACGUCUCUCACAUGCUGCUCCUCAUUCUCAGAAUACACCAACACGUCGUCUAAGAAGGCCACACAAUUCUUGUAAAGCAACGGCCCCAGGACGUGGUUCAUAAACGAUUGAAAUGUUGCGGAGCCUGCUUGUAGACCGAAGGGCAUAACUAAGUAUUCAAAUGCCCCUAAAGGGGUGAACAUGGUGGUUUUCCAUUCAUCCCCCUUCCUUAUUCGUAUCAGGUUGUACGCCCCCCUUAGAUCCAGCUUGGUGAAAAUCUUUCCCUUCCGCACCCUUGUCAAAAUGUCGUCAAUCCUGGGCAUCGGGAAGGCCACUGGUUCUGACACUGCAUUUAAGGCCCUGAAGUCACACACCAGUCUCGGCUUGUUCGUGUUUUUUUGUCCACAAAAACACUGGGCUGCCCCCACCGCCCUGGACUCUCUGAUGAACCCUCUCUUCAGGUUCUUGUCAAUGAACUCUCUUAGCUCCUGCAUCUCUCUGUCUGACAUGGCGUACAGCUUGCCCACAGGGAGCUGUGCCCCAGGGAGCAAAUUGAUUUGACAGUCAAAGGCUCUAUGCGGUGGUAGUUGGUCAGCUUCCCUUUCGCUGAAGACGUCGCGGAGAUCUGCGUAUUGUCGUGGUACCUUCACGUUCUCCGUUACUUCAGUCCCUGCUAGGGUGGCUUGGGCCCCUGCCAAAACCUUCCCUCUUUGCAGUGUUCUAAGCAAUGUGCUGACCCAAAAGAAACCACUCUUUGAUGCCAGCCCACCAGCGGAUCAUGUAACGCUAGCCAGCUCAUCCCCAAUAUAAUGGGAGCUCCUCCCAAGGUGGCCACAUUAAACGCUAUUAGUUCGGUGUGCCUUGCCACCUUCAUUAUCAUUGGGACGGUCUGCAAGCUGACUUCUCCUCCCAACAGCUCCCUGCCAUCGAUCGUGGUUACCUGCAGGGGGUUGCUUAAAGGGAGCGUCUGUAUCUGGUGUUCAGCUGCAAACUCUUUGCUCAUGAAAUUGCAGGAGCUGCCUGAGUCCAACAGCGCCUUUAUCUUUAGAGGGUGUCCGUUUGGCAGCUCUAGUGUCACUUCUAUCACUAGGGCGGGUUUAGGAGGUUCUGGCGUGGGCACUUUCACUGCUCUUUGGCCUGGCUGCUGUGCCCCGACAAUGGCAGCCAGGCGUUGGCUUUUAGUUGCUCCGGUAUUUUUCCUCUCUUCCCUCCACAGCUCCCACCAUCCCUUGCCAUUCCUUCCUCUGGGGGCAGACUCUGGCAAAGUGCCCUGGCUGUUGGCAGAGAUAGCAUUUCCGGGCGCCUUUUCCCUCCUUUUUUUCCCCCCUCACUGGGCUUUGAAACUGCGCGCGCGCGCGCUGUUCCGAUUUCCAUCGGCUCUGCCGGCGGGAAAGUUGGCUCUGGAAUGUCUGGAAUGCGGAACUCCUUCCAACGUUCCCCUUCCCUUCCCGCCUCUCCAAAGCUCUCGCCUCCUGGCGCCCUCCUAGGGCCAGCGCUGAUUUGGUCAGCUGGUCCAUAGACUCCGCCCUGGGCGCCCGGGAAAGUUCAUCUUUCACAGCCGAAGAAAGCCCUUCUUCAAAGAGCAUUUGAAUGGGUUCCGCCGAUAAGUCCCACCCCAAUCUGUGUAUCAGCAUGGUGAACUCAGUCCAGUACUCACGUACAGAUCGGCUCCCCUGUUUGCAAGCCAUUAACUGUCUGCGCACCACUCCCUUUUCAAUAUCGCUGGAAAACAUCAGAUCCAUGGCGCGAAAGAACUUCAUCGUGUCCUUUAGGACGUCACUAUGCGCUGCCAUCAGGGGUCUAACCCAGUCUCUCGCCCUUUUCAAGAUGCCCAAUCACAAAAGCCACUCGUGAUUCCUCAUCAGGGAAAUCAUCAAACUGCAGAUUGAGGGCAUAUUGCAUUUCUGUCCGAAAGCUAUGAUAGUCUUUGGGCUCCCCCCCAAAUUUCUGCACCAAUCCUGGUACCUUUCUGGCGAGCUGGGUGGCUUUCUCCCUUUGUCUGCAUCUUGAGCCCUCCUCUCCUCCAGCCUCGCCGUCUGCAGCGCCAGCUGGACCUCCAACACCCGGUACCUUUCUUCCAGGCUUGGACCCGCUCCAGCCCCUGCUUCUCCGGUUCCUGCUGGGUUGCUCAUUAUGCCUUCUCCUGCACAAGCUGCGUUCAAAGACUGUCGGAAUGCUGUGAUGGGAAGAUGAGCUGCUUGUGCGUAAAAUCGUAUUCCCUCAGUGUUUGUUCAAGUCCACAAACCUCUGUCUGUGACGGAGGGCCUCUGACAUGGCUCCUCUAGUCACUAGAAGAUUCCGACAGUGGUUGCUUUCGUAAUCGCUUCCAACAUAAAAGCUCCUUAACGGAAACACGUCUUCUGGACUCUCUGCGUGACAGUUUCCGGCGAGGAGUGGGUGUCCCUACAGGAGGUCCGGAAACCUCACCACUGUUUUCGCUGGAAGUAUCUCUGAGCCAUCCCCCAGCUCCCUUUCCCUCAGUUCAGCUUCUCUCCCCUGCUGGUUUCCUCUUCAGCUGCUGAGGCUCUACCCACCGGUCUGAGCCCUUUCACCUCCCUCAGUUCAGCUUCUCUCCCCUUGCUGGUUCCCUCUUCAGCUGCUGAGUCUCUUCCAACCUGUCUGAGUCCUUUCACCUCCCUUCCUUCCGAUGGCAGUUCCCUGACAGGAGCCAUUUUUUUUUGCCCUGGGUGAAGCCCCCAGAGGAGCAGCACUGAGGCUCCCAGCCUGUGGGUGUGCAAAAUGUGCAUGGUUUUUUUGGGGGGGGGGGGUUGGGGUUUGUUUUGGCCAAACUGGGUCUUUGACCUGGGAGAAAUAAAGCCUAGUUUUACCCCUGUUGCCACCCUCUUCCUGAUAGCUGCCAGAGGGGCACAUAGAGAAGAGUCUUGAUGCUGACCUCAGGGCAUGGGCAGGCUAAUAUGGGGAAAGAUGUUCCAUAAUGUGUACCAUAUUAGGGCCCUGAGCUAUAUAAGUCUUCAUAGGUUAAAACCAGCACCUUGAAAUGGGCCUGAGAAUAAAGGGCUAUUAGCUUCUGGGAAUAAUCAAUCCUCAUUUACAAUUUGCUGCCCCAGAGAACUAGGGCAGAACUAGACUGAAUAUGCUCAAGUUAUAGUUAGAUAGGUUUUAGUGGGAAAUUGGAAGAAACUACUUGAUGGUAAUGUCAGCGCAACAAUGAAUGAAUUACUGAGAAGGCUGGAAGGCUGGAGGCCUUCAAGAAGAAGCCAGACAGGUUGAGGAUGCUCUAGCCCUGGAUUUCCCCUGCCCCCCAAAACCCCUGCCCCUAUGAUUCUAGGGACAACCACAAGCCGCCUUUAUACAGAGAAGAAAAUACAGCUAAAUAGCUUCUUUUUCCAUGUUUAGAAUUUAAAAAAACAAAACAAAACUGGAAAAAUGAAUGUCAGGGGUAAUUAUAUGGAAGAUUGCUGGGUACAAUAAAAUGCUACAUGUUUAUUUUAUAGAUGGAUUGCAGUGAAUUCAGGCAAGCGAAAGGACUCAUGCUCUGCUCCAAAAUGGCUAAACCAGUCUGCGGAACAGAUGACAACACUUAUGUCAGUAAAUGUGAUCUUUGUCGUCAAAACCUGUAAGUAAUGUGGAUACUGAACAUUUCCCCCCAGGCAACGGACAAUGACUAUCAUUCUUUAUAAUGAUAUCUCAUUAUAUUUAUUGUAUUUGGUCCUUUGCCACCCUACCUUCUUUCCAAGCUUCCAUAGUGGCUUACAUGAGACCAACCUCACUGUCCAAUGAUUGGUUAUCUAGAGAAUGAUAAACGAUGAUUGGGGCAAUGCAAUCCAAUAACCACCAACGCUAAUCAGGGAUGUGAAACCAGGCCUACAUGCUGUGAAUAAAGUGAAACUGGCUCCUUAGCAGAAUCAUAGGAGUCCCAAUAACUUUGUGUAGCAGGAGGACAAAGUAUCUGCAACAGAUGAAGGAGCUCAAGGAUACAAAUUGUAGAGCCAGCUCAGUCAAGCUUUGUCUGUAGCAGUUCUGAAGAGCUAAACAUAGUUUGUUUUAAUAAUGUGAACUACAGGAAAGAAUUUGUCAACUUUUCUCUCUUUCUUACCCAGGGAAUCCAACAAGAAUGUGGCUGUGAAGUAUGGAGGUCAAUGUAUUCAGAUUCAGGUAAGCAGCAUGACUGUGUUAUUCUAGAUAUUGGGAGUGGCAGGUAUCAAUCCCUCUCUUAACAGAAUUGGAAGCAAAAACACCUUCAUUUUUGCAGUUGUGGAAUUUUUUAUAAUGUAUCAAGAGUGAAAGAAGGCAUAAACUUAGUAUGUUUAGACAGAAUUGGGCAAAGUUUAUUGAAUACUGAAAUAACAAAGCGCAUGCUUCAUUUGAACCAGAAUAUUUAUUUGAGUUAAUAUAACGCAUAUGAAAUUAUGACUGUUGUGUUUCCUAUUUCUUCAUUUUUUUGGUUUUUGUUUCUUUGUUGCAAAUAUGUAUGACUUUACAAAACUGAAUACAAAUUGCACUUUAAAAAAGAAGUUAUGUUGAACUGGUGAGCAAAUGUAAAAGUUUGAUGGGUACAUCACUACUUCUUUUGUAAAGUGGAACUUAGUUUUAUUUAACAGAUGACAGAUUAAGAAUCCCUUUCUUUUUGCAGGACUAUUGUAAGAACUUUAGCCCAAAUGCUCUCAUGUGCCCAUUGAAUUAUAUGCCUCACUGCGGUUCCGAUGGAAAGAACUAUAGCAACCAGUGUGAUUUCUGCAUUCAAGCCCUGUACGUACAGAAAUAAUAAUUAUUUUUUAAUAGAAAAAUAACUAAAGUGAUGAUAACAUGAUAGAAGAGAAAGAUAUACAGUGCCGCUCAGGUUGUGAAUGUGAUCCAUGUGGGAUGCACAUUCGCAACCCGCAGCAUUCGCAACCCGCGUCUGCGCACGCGUGAGUUGUGAUUUGGAGCUUCUGUGCAUGCGCGACCGCCGAAACCCCGAAGUAACCCGUUCUGGUACUUCUGAGUUUCAGCAGUCUGUAACCCAAAAAAAGGCAACCUGAAGUGGCUGUAACCCAGGGUAUGACUGUAUUCAAAACCUCUAAGCUGUUCCGUAUCUACUUAUGAUGACACUGGGAAAGUUUUGGUAGGAUGAGAAGUAAGCCAUCCUACAUAUAUCCUUACUGUGUUUUUGCAUUUUGUUGGAAGCUUCCCAGAGGGGCUGGGGUAACCAACUCAGAUGUCCAAGGUAACAACAACGGUAACAACAAUGCCAAGAAUUCUCCAGAGCUGGGAUAUAGUCACAAAUCCAGAUUCCUUGAUUCACUUUUGUCAGUUGAAAGGGUUACAAAUAUGGUCUCAUAAUCAUGCUUCCAUCCAGACUAUACAGUGGUGCCCCGCAAGACGAAUGCCUCGCAAGACGGAGAACUCGCUAGACGAAAGAGUUUUCCGUUUUGGAGGUGCCUCGCAAAACGAAUCUGCUAUGGGCUUGCUUCGCAAGACGAAAAUGUCUUGCGAGUUCCUGGUUGUUUUUUUUCCUUUCCCCCCUCUUUUUCUAAGUCGCUAAGCCGCUUAUCUGCUUAUCCGAUAAGCUGAUAAGCUGCUAAAAGCCGCUAAAAGCCGCUAAUAGCGCUAAUAGCGCUAAUCCGCUAAUCCCAUCAAUGGGCUUGCUUCGCAAGACGAAAAAACCGCUAGACGAAGAGACUCCCAGAACGGAUUCUUUUCGUCUUGCGAGGCACCACUGUACUUUGAAGUUUUUUCCUGUCAAGCAACUAUGACAUCACCCAUACCACUUUAAACUGUGGUUUCUCCUAAGGAAUCCUGGGAAGUGUAGUCUGCUGUUUGCAGCUGAGAGUUGUUAGGAAACUCUAUUCCCCUUACAGAACUACAAUUCCCAGAGUUCCAUGGAAUAAGGAAUUCACUGGGAAUUGUAGCUCUCUGAAGGGAAUAGGGGUUUUCUCAGGACCUUUAACACAGUACACUUCUGCAUAGUGCAGAUGUUGCUGAAGUAAGGUAUUCUGAAACAACGCUGCUCAUAUUGACAGUUCCAGUUGCAAUGUCUGUUGUGUUUAUUUAAAUGGGAUGAUUUUACUAGUCAGAAUUCUGAUUGAUUUUCUGUGGUGAAUGUGGCUUACAUUAGGAACCAAAAUGUUCCUUUUUUGCAUAGUGGGAAGCAGUUCUAGGGGAUAAGAUGGAAUGCAAGUCAUUGCAUUUCUCAAACUAAGAGCUGUUCUUAAAAAAAAACCCAAAACCUUAUAUAACUUUGUUUUAUGAUUCUAGUUAUCCACAAUAAUAAUUUCAAUAUAUGUUACCCUUUUCUUUCCAGGAAGAGCAAAGGGGCUCUGUCGCUCCAAAAUUUUGGAAUGUGCUGA